CGCAAAACACAUUGGAGGAGAAGGUCAGAGGGGAGGGACCUCUGGAUUUCUCAUCCAAUGGGUUUUGAGAAGGAGAGGCGUGCGGACGCUCGAAGUAUUCAAAUUGAGGCCUUGGUAUCCAGUAAUGCCAUUCGGCCUCUGCUCUUGUCAAUAUACAAAAUGGCAGCCACCAUUGGGAGACUAUUAAAGACCUCUGCAAAGGUUGCAACUGGAGGACUGAAAGUAUCAGCCUCGCCACAUGGAAAUUCAGUGAGCAAGGCCUCAAGAAUUUUGAUCUGUCCUGUACUGCAGAAAACCUGUUUCUCCACCAGUACAGCUGGAUGGGCUCCAGCUGUCACUCAGCACGCACCACAUUUUAAAGCUACAGCUGUCCACAAUGGCGAGUUCAAGGAGAUGAGCCUAGAUGACUUUAAGGGCAAAUACCUGGUCCUUUUCUUCUACCCUCUCGAUUUCACGUUUGUUUGUCCGACAGAGAUCAUCUCAUUCAGUGACAAGGCCAGCGAGUUCCAUGACAUCAACUGUGAAGUAGUGGGCGUGUCAGUGGAUUCGCACUUCACCCACCUGGCAUGGAUAAACACCCCUCGCAAGGCUGGAGGUUUGGGUGACAUCCACAUCCCCCUGCUGGCAGACCUCAACAAACAGGUGUCCAGAGACUAUGGCAUACUUCUGGAGGGUCCUGGCAUUGCACUGAGGGGACUGUUUAUCAUUGAUCCAAAUGGUGUGGUGAAGCACAUGAGCGUCAACGACCUGCCAGUGGGCCGCUGUGUGGAUGAGACCCUGCGUCUGGUGAGGGCCUUCCAGUUUGUGGAGACUCACGGUGAAGUGUGCCCUGCUAGCUGGACCCCCGACUCUCCUACGAUCAAGCCAACUCCAGAAGGUUCAAAGGAGUACUUUGAGAAAGUCAACAACUAGAUGAUACACUUCACAGCUUUAAUAAAUCAAUUAACUUAUCCAGAAUUGAAAAACUAUAGAUAUACCAAAUACUUUCCAUUAGUUUAGUUUUAAAGUAAAUGGAAAUAAAGAUUUGAAGUGGUCAGUUGUCUGAGUUGAAACAUUC